CUCAAGGGUCGAAUGAAGGCUUGCACGUGGUAAGGGAAAAACGUUCGACACAGCCUUCCCCCCACCUGUUUAAACGGACGUUUCCAAGUUUUCUCAAAUAUGAUCUUUAUCGGUGACUCCUAACGCAACUGCAAGAUGGAAGCGUUUGGGGAAAAAUUAUCCAGCCCGGCCAGCGAUUCCAAGCCAAAGUGAGAGACAAAAACGCAACGGAAUAAAUUCUUCCUCCCCAAUAAUAACAAACAAAAAGAAUGCGCUUGAGAGUAACGUUCUUGGUUAUAUUUUGCAUUUUAUACGUUAUUUGAGGAUGGGAUUCAUUCGAGUUUUGGUCACCGCUACAUCGUGUAUGGUAAUAUUUCUUGGUGGAUUUCGCAUUACAGCAGCUGAGCCAUGGACACUUGGAUUUGCACAAGAGCCAGCGGAUACUCAGUUUGCGCACACUCGGAACGCAGUUCUGAACUGUGUUGUAGCUGGCAACCCAAAGCCGAGCGUGACCUGGAGACUAGCACGAACAAAGAAUGUCGUUACAAAUAUAACGGGACUUCGUUACGUCAUGGCGAACGGCUCGCUGGUUUUCCCGCCUUUUUUACCAGAUAAACUUGACACAUCUAUCCACCACGCCGAAUACCAGUGCCUUGCCAGCAACAAAUUAGGUUCCCUGAUAAGCCGUGCUGCCAAGUUACGAGCAGUUGUUGUAGAACCUUUUCGUGUGUAUGCAGUGGACCACAAAGUCAUUCUUGGUAACACUGCUGUGAUAAAAGCAGUCGUUUCUAGUCACGUGAGACAGUACGUCGAGGUGAAGGCCUGGCACAAAGGGCGUAACGUCAUCAAUAUUGGUGGACGUUACUCGGUCAUGCCGUCAGGAGACCUUGUGAUUACAAAUGUUCGACGUGAUGAUGCAAACGACGUGUACCACUGGACAGCAGUUAACACAUUGACGCAAGAAAUGCAAGCAAGUAACCCAGCCAAACUGGUCAUACUCGAUAAAACAGACACGAAACCACGAAUGACUUCAGACAGCCUGAACCUCACGAUCACUGCAGGACAAACCGCUGUUUUACAGUGUUCUUCAGAAGGUUUUCCGAACCCCCACUACUCAUGGAAGAAGAACAAGAUGGCUGUUAACAUCAUGGAUCGGUUCACCCUGUUUGCUGGGGGCAGUUUGAGGAUAGAACGGACAGUGUACUCUGACCAGGGGAUGUAUACUUGUGAGGCUAGUAACAGCGGAGGAACCGACAGUUUGUCAGUGUACUUGAAGGUUCAUGUUCCAAUCCAGUUUAAAGAAAGACCAAAAUCACAAGCAGCUCUGGUUGGUGCAUCAAGGAUCACGAUGGAAUGUGAAGUAGUAGGUGAACCUAAACCUAACGUCACGUGGUAUCAAAACGUUGACAUCGAGCCUGUUCAGCGACAGAAAGGACGGAUCAGCACCAGAGAUCAUAACCUUCUGAUUGCUACUGUGUAUGGUAAAGAUAAUGGAGUCUAUCAGUGUGUAGCUGAUAAUGGUAUACAACUGGAGCAGGCAAGUGCGGAGUUUUAUGCUGGAGUCAAUCUUCCAAUAUUCACUACCUCAUCCARAACUGUUAUUCUUAACCCUGGAGAUAGAAUGGAUAUUUUUUGCGAGAUGCCAGCAGUAUCUUCCUCCAACGCCAUUCAUUGGUAUCACGAUAAUACGAUAUUGCGUGACCCUAACAACGGGUAUAUCGUGACGGAGUUUACUACAAAAUACAGUCGCCGAAGUAAAUUGAYAAAGACCUCAGUAUCGUUGAAAGACGACGGAGAGUAUAAAUGCCAGGCUAGUAACAUGGCGGGUUCUGCUGAAGAAACYAUCAAGGUCCACGUGAAAGGGGGUCCCAACAUAACAUAUUCUUUAAAAAAAGCCACUGGAGUCCAGGGACAGACUAUCUUUCUCCCGUGUCGUGUUAAGGGAUAUCCUUUACCUACGAUCAUCUGGACCAAAGACGGUCAACGUCUACUUGACCAGCGYAAGGUAGUGGCAAGUAACGGCACGUUGAUUAUCAAGAAUUUGCAAAGAAAUGAUAAAGGGGUGUACAUGUGUACAGCUGUAAACACCAUUGGAAGCAACGACAGCGUCGAGGUAGAGGUGAAAGUACUGGUUUCCCCUCGCAUUACUCCAUUCGUGUGGGCCCCAGUAGAGGAAGGUCUACGAGUAUACCACCCAUGUGUGGUGGCUGACGGUGACUUUCCUGUCAAUAUCACGUGGUACAAAGAUGGCAGUCCUCUUAUCUCGGUACGAGGCGACCUCGAGAUCAGUUCUUCCGGGUUUACAAGCGCUAUUACCAUCUCACACGUGUUGGAAAGGCAUUCUGGUAAUUAUUCGUGUGCUGUGAGCAACAACGCUGGUGUAGCUAGACAUUCUGCCCUUCUCGUGGUUUAUGUUGGAUCAAAGUUCCUGAGGGAUCCCAAGGACCAGCAAGUACUCAAAGAACACACAGCUCAUCUGUCUUGCAUCACCACAGGCUACCCACCAGCACGUAUAGAGUGGAGUAAAUCCGUCGGGGGUUCCUUCGUGCAGCUAAAUAAUGACCCUCGGUUCAGCCAGCUGUUAAACGGGACGUUGGUUAUUCGUAACGUUAGCAAGAAUGACGAGGGGAAAUACUCGUGUCAUGCCUACAAUGGUGUAGUUGGUACCUCUGUCAGUAGACAGGUCAGCCUCAUUGUGCAUGCAGUACCAGCCUCUAUUGUACGCCCACCAGCAGACCGGUCAGCUGUAGUGGACGGUGACGUCACCUUCACCUGCGUUGCUAUUGGCAACUUGCCAAUAACUAUGACGUGGUACAACGGUACCAAAAAGUUAACGUUCAACGAGAGGGUUCACAUUGGAGUGCAUACCAUGGCUGAUGAUCACAUGGUGAAUGGCACGUUAAGAGUCUCUAAUCUACAGCUCUGGGACACCAGGCAGUUCUCCUGUAAAGUUGUAAACAAGUUUGGAGAAGAUAAAAAGUCUUUCCAAGUAACAGCUCAAAAGACACCUUCACCUCCUUCCAAACCAACGAUUGGCUCAAUCGGUGCCAAUUCAAUAGUUCUGAAUUGGAGCCCUGAAUUCGACGGUAACUCGCCGAUCACUCGCUACAUCAUCGAAUUCAAACCUGUAGACAUAGCAUGGGAAGAUUCAAUCAAAAAAGGCGCACCCGGCGCCACAAGGAGCUACCGCCUACAGAAGCUGAAGCCAGCAACGGAAUACCAAGUGAGGUUGUAUGCUGAGAAUGUUAUUGGUACUAGUAACGGUGCAAGUAAAGAUAUUAUAGUCAGGACUAAAGAAGAUGCACCAUCACAACCCCCACAGAUUGUUAACUUGACAGCUAUAUCAUCAACAGAAGUCUACAUUGAAUGGCUGCCUCCGCCCAAAAAACACUGUAACGGUAUUAUCCGUGGUUACUAUAUCUCCUACGGUGAAAUCAACCGACCAAAGAACAAACCUAAUAUAACAAUACCCGGUGGUGCUAUAMGAAGUCACGUGAUCACCGGCCUGGCUAAAUACAAAACUUACACCAUUAUUAUCCAGGCCUUCACGGCUGCUGGACCUAGUCCUCGCACCAAGCAAUAUAUCCAAACACAACAAGAUGUUCCCAGUGAACCGCCACAGUUCGUGGAAAUCGAUGUCCUCAGUUCCCAGAGUGUAUCCGUCAAAUGGAAGCCUCCGCCAUACGAUUCACAACACGGCAUACUACAAGGGUAUAAAGUCCGUUAUUACAAGAUUAAUGACCCGGACAAUGUACAUGAGGCCACAGUUGGUAGUAAGAUCCUAAAUAUUACUCUACGGAAGCUGGGGAAAUUCACGAGUUAUCGAGUGAACGUGUUGGCAUUUACUAGUAAAGGAGAUGGCGUUGCAAGUGCUGAUGUUAAAAUCAUCACAGCUGAAGAUAUCCCAGGCCCUCCAGACAACAUUCGCGCCAUUCCAGUCUUCCGCGAGGAAAUCCGCGUUCGCUGGGAUCAACCGAAAGAGCCCAACGGUAUCAUUCGCGAAUACAAGUUGUUUUUUAGCACUGUCAUCGAUAAACCACCCAUAAACGAUACGUCUAUCAAUGUGUACAUGCUUAAGACCGAAGGCAACAAAACCUCACAAUAUCUGAAGAACCUGCGAUCGGAUACGCUCUACUAUUUCUGGGUACGAGCAAGUACRUCCGUUGGGACUGGAAACGCCUCUAAGGUAGUGCAUCAACGGACAAUGGAAGAAAUUGUAGCUCGUAUCUUUGACCGAACCCAUCCUGAUACCAUGGCCGAAUGGAAAAAAUCUGCAUUAUUGAACUGUGAAGCAUAUGGCGACCCUGAGCCCACUAUAUUGUGGUACAGCAGAGGCAAAGAUUUAUCAGAAGCAAGCAAGUACAAACAGUUUAAAAAUGGCUCGCUUAAGAUCAUGAGACUAGAAGAGGGUGAUACUGGUGACUACAUGUGUACUGCCAGCAAUCGACUGGGCAAGCAAACGGUCUUGAGAAAACUGAAAGUUCAAAUUCCACCUUCUCCUCCAACACACAUCACCUUCACAAGUGUUGAUAACCUCAAAGCAAUCAACAUAACAUGGAGGCUGGGUUUUGACGGGUACAGUCCAGUCACCAUGUUUCUCUUGGAAUACAUGGCUGAAAAAGGAGUAUGGAAGCCUGUGUAUCUUCUUCGUAAGAUGCGCCAUUAUGUACUUCAUGAUAUUGACCAUACCAAGUCGUACUUCUUUAGAAUGUCAGCCAUUAACUCAGUAGGCUCUGGGAGGCCUAAUAAAAUACUCAAAGUUACCUUUGCUGCAAAAGGAACAAUUAGUAGUGUCAGUCAGGUGGAUACAGUGGAAGAACAAGCGGAAAACGGAGAUGGCAAGAAGCGCUUUUACAACGAUCCCACAAUCCUUGGGACUCUURUCACUAUAAGUGUGCUUAUUAUUGUUGUAUUACUUCUGCUUGUUGCAUGUCGUGUGAAGAGAGUCUCACUAAAGAUGCCAAAAGAUUUAAAAGACUUGUGGGACAAGGCAAUACUAGGACAUCCAUCCCAACCUAGUGAAGAAACAAGUACAACUCCAGCAGCGAACGGUCAGGGUGAUGACAUGAACGGCGAUGUAAUGGUCACCAAUUCCCGCAGUCCUUCUUCCGACGGCCAUCUUGCAGAUUCCUCCUCCUCGGUAGAACAAAUGGCGUCUAACAGAGAUUCAUUACUCAGCCUUCCGCGGUCUGGGAUCAUGAUGCAUCACAAUGUAGCACACGAACCAAUCAUUGAAGAAUCAUUCCCACCCCCUCCCCCACCAUACCACAUAAACUCCCCAAUGCGUUCCCUAAUACCUCCCCCCAUGGCACAUGAUGACAGUUUAAGUGACACAUCAUCGGAAAUUAGCUUUGGGGGUCCUGUGUAUCAUCGGCCAACACUGCAUGAUGCAGAGUCCAUAUCAUGUGCUCGCAAGAUUCCCGUCUCAGUAGAUCCGUGUCAACAACAGCAUCCACCAAUCAGAUCGCUCAAUGGAACCCCAGGUGUAGUACUGGGCAUGCGUGGGCCAGCGGACGGUGGCUCAGAGCUUGACAAUACAAGUUUGGCAUCACGUGGCGUUGAAUCAAAUAUAGAUCUUCGGAAGRCCUUCGGCAGUCGCCUUGGACGGAACAGUAAAACUCAUGGAAUGAGCGAGGAAACGGUGCGUUCUAUUUAUGCUAGAACACCAGCUUCGGGAAUUUCUCGUGUCCCCGAUUCUGCUUUUGGCUCUCGUUUUGAAAUUGGACGAAAAAGUGUUGCUUCUCGGAGGGGAUCCAAUGCAUCACAAAAGGUGGCUCCACUUAACAAGCCUGUCACUUAUUAUAAGGGUGCGGCAGUCGAUACCGUUCCUGCCAGCGUUCGUAGGGACUCGGAAUCUUCAAAAGAAUCGAAUUCCUACCCACCGGAACUGGAGAAAGCCAUUGCUGCACGUGAUACACGUGCGUAUGAUUCUACGUCAUCCGAGUACAGCUCUUCACGUGAUGAACUUUAUUCCGCUUUAGAAUUCGGCAAACGCAACAAUUUUGAAAAAUACUAUGGUAUUCCUACACUUGAAACCACUUCGGUGUCAUCCGAAGCAACGAACAGUAGCGAGCAAGACGGUAUAUGUAAAUUCUCGGCUAGUCCCCGUACCAUAUGUGAUGGUUUUUAUGCCCCUGUACCUAUACGGCAACCGCCGUAUAACCCAAGGUCAAGGUCACGUAAUAAUGAAGCGUACCUCUACGUGUUGGACCCAAGAAGACGAAUCAUGGAUGGCAGCGUGAGGGUGCGAACGCAGCUUGACCACAAGGGAUCUUUAGUAUAACGCAAGAACAAGCAAGUUAAAUAUUUCUACAGAAUCCUUAAAUAAUAGAUUGAACAUUUUUCGAUAUUCAGAGAAUGAGGUUGUUUAGCUUGAUAUUCUGGAUACGCUGUGUUURUUAUGUUGACUCUUUUCCUCGCCAAACUUUGUACCUUUUUUGUAUUGCGACCACAUUCUUGGCAUAUGGUCGAGUACAGAGGGUUCAAAUGGUCACUUAGCAUACCCUUUGUAUUGCGACCACAUUCUUGGCAUAUGGUCGAGUACAGGGGGUUCAUCUGGUCACUUAGCAUACCCUUUGUAUUGCUACCACAUUCUUGGCAUAUGGUCGAGUACAGGGGGUUCAUCUGACCACAAUGCAUGUCAAUCAUAAUAUGUAGCCCUUGUGUUACGACCAAUCUAUCGUGUUAUGUAAUGGUCGAGUAUAAAGAGGUUCGUCUAGAUAUACCAUCUUUAUCCUGAUGCUAACAUUUUAUCCUAGUGACCGAACGUGUUGGAGGAGGGGAGGGGAGAAUAGAAGAGUAUAGAGUGGCCGCCAUUAAGCACAGUUCCCGUUCAUUUAAUUGGGGUGAAAUCCUAUCAGUCUUGGAGUCAAUUAUAGUAUAUGUUCUUCCCAUUGGUCCAAAUAUUCUGUUAUAGUUUAACGUUCGUUACCUAGUCGACUUUUGUAUAAAAUCCAAAAUAAUUUAACGAAUCAAACCACAAAAGUGUCAUUUGAAAAUCCAUUUUGUUUUACCAAGAAUAGAUAUUUAUAUACAGAUAAAAUAUAAAUAUAAAGGUCUAUCUAUUUACAGAGACGGCGAGAGAAAUAUCAGCCCUCAUUCUACUAUAAUAAAGGCAUUGCAACAGUUACAAGUUCUUACUUUUGGAGGCACUUAAUCCGCGGCGCUAUUAAGACGCGAAGGACUUUGCUAGAAUAGAACCUGUGAUCAGCCAGAAUCAUAGAGCCUUUUGGAAUUCGUAAAAUACUGCUGUGUUCCUUAACUUAAGAUUCAUUUUUUCGCAGAGUUAGCCUCGAUUUUGUAUAGAAUAUUCAUGUUUCUAGUAAAGGUCCGUGGAAUUUCAAAGUGAUUGUAUUGUUGAAGUUGUGCAUUCUUUACUUCACCGUUGGUAUUUGUGAAUAUUUUGACAUUAAGAUGAGUUGACGUCUAUAUUCAAGGAACACAGCGGUAUUUUACGAACCCGAAAAAAGUCUAUUAAGGGUUUCGUAUAAUUAAAGGGAAUGUAUGGACAGUACAAUAGGAUUAUUUCAUUUUCAAAGAUUCCCAUAAGUUCAACGGCAAACAAAGAAAAACAAAUUAAGGGAAAAACACGUCUGAAGUGAAAGGUGAAACAAAAAACCUGUCUGUUGAAUAAUGCGUAGUCCUGAGUUGGGGCAGGUGUUCUCCAAAGAACUAAAACRGCGCAAGGGGGUGGGGAUCAGUAAAGAAAACCAAGCAACCACAUGUAAGGGGAAGUAAAAAAUAUAAAAUAAUAGAAGUGCACUGGAUCUGA